UCAGAUAAAUAUCACACAGAGUCAAGCCGCUCUUCAUUUUUCAAAAAGACGAGACCACAACAGGUGGCACAAAGAAACAUGGCUCCAUCGCUUCUUGCAGCAGCAGGGGGACUUCUGUUACUUUUCUCCUUCUCUUCGGCACAAAUCAGAGGCGACAACCUUGUCUCUUGCAAUCAGAAUGACGGCUUUGGAAUGUACUGCCCUACUACAUGUGGAGUGUCUGACUACAUGCUGAGAUAUAUGCCAGGGGUGAACAAGGAUUUAGAUGAUAUGCAAUAUGAACUAGAAAACAUCGCCAAUUUGACCAAGGGGGCUGAAGAAACAGUCGUCUACAUGAAAGACUCUGCGACUUCAGCUCAAAAGAGUUCCCCUUCAGACUCGUACUUCAAAAAGUCAUCAAGUAUGCUGGAUGACAUUGUUAGAUAUGAAAAGACCAUCAUCGCACAGGAACAACAGCUCUUUGAAAUUCAAAGUUUAUUAUCAGCCAAUGAGAGGAGAAUGGCGGAACUGAAACAAAUCUCCAUUCAGCUGCAGCAGAAAUGCAGCGAGCCCUGCAGAGACACGGUGGAGAUCAAGACCACUACAGGCACAGAUUGUCAGGAUGUUGCCAACAAAGGUGCCACCACCAGCGGUCUGUACUAUGUGAAGCCUGCACAGGCCACUGAGCAGUUCCUGGUCUACUGUGAGAUCGACAGCUUCGGACGCGGCUUCACAGUUGUACAGAGGAGACGUGAUGGCAGCGUGGACUUCAACAAAGACUGGAUCCAGUACAAGAAUGGUUUUGGUUACCUCUCACCAGACGACACCACAGAGUUCUGGCUUGGAAACGAAAAGAUUCAUCAGCUGACGGCCGGAGUGACCAUCCCUACCGUGCUGAGGAUAGAGCUUGUGGACUGGGAGGGCAACACAAGAUAUGCUGACUACACCAUGUUCAGAGUGGGGCCAGAGGUCGACAACUACCGUCUCACUUAUGGCUUCUACCUCGGUGGAGAUGCUGGAGAUGCUUUUGAUGGUGUUGACUUAGGCGACGAUCCAAGCGACAAGUUCUACACGUCUCACAACGGCAUGCUGUUCAGUACUUCCGACAAGGACAACGACAAGUUUGACGGCAACUGUGCUAUGCAGGACGGCUCUGGCUGGUGGAUGAACAGAUGUCACGCUGCACAUUUGAAUGGAAAAUACUACCAGGGUGGCAGGUACACCGAAAAGGAUGCCGGCGAGUUCGGCUAUGACAACGGCAUCACUUGGCUCACAUGGCACAACCGCUGGUACUCCCUGAAGGAGACCACCAUGAAGCUCAUCCCCCUCAGCCGCAUCACAGCAGGAGGUGGACAACAGGCUGGAGUCAAACAGUUCGGUGGACUUUCUUAAACAGUAAAAUAAUAUAUUUGCGGUCUGAUUAGGCUGUAACGGAGGUGUUCGGCACAACAGCACUGAAACUGCCUAAUAUGGAAAUAACAAUGCUCCAUGAGAAAAUCUGUGACAUCAUGAUGUGUCUUGGUGUGACGUGUGCGUGACCUGUCUGUCUUUGGUCUUGUUUUGGGCACUUAAUAAAUGUCUUCCCUUAACAAA